UGGAUGAAAUGGAGAUAAGAGAAAUGGAGGUUAUCCUAGACUCUUUUUUUUUUGCCCUAUUUAUAAACACCGCCUCUUUUUUUUUCUCAAAUCAAAAUCGCACAUUUGUGAAGCGAGUCGACAACUUCUUCUUCUUCCUCCUCCAUCACCAUUCUCGAAGCUUCUAUCAGAUUUCUUUCUACACGCUCUCUCUUUUGCUUCAACUUCAACAUCUCAUCCCAAUGGAUUCUGCAAAGACGUAUGGUUCUGUGUUGGCAUGUACAGAUGAAGCGGCUCUUCCUAUCAGUCAAGUUUUUGAUGCAAUUAGGGAACUUGGGAAUCAAGGAGUUGAGAAAUUGGAUCCUCUCAUUAUUACUUCUGCAUCAUCACUCAGCAAGUUUCCAGUGGAGUCUUCCUCUGUGGAUUUAGUUGUUGUAAUCUGGAAGUCUGUUGAUUUUCCUGUCGCCCAACUGACUCAAGAAGUCCUUAGAGUGUUAAAAGCAGGUGGGACAACCCUUAUUCGCAAGUUCUCCCAAUCUGCUGUGGGUUCAGAUGAUAAGCCAAUACCUGAUCUUGAAAACAAGUUACUAUUGGCUGGAUUUUCAGAAAUACAGACUUUACAAUCUUCUGUGAUCAAAGCUAAAAAGCCUUCAUGGAAAAUUGGCUCAUCUUUUGCACUAAAGAAGAAGGUUGUGAAAAGUUCACCGAAACUGCAAAUUGAUUUUGAUUCGGAUCUGAUUGAUGAAAAUAGUCUUUUGUCUGAAGAAGAUUUAAAGAAACCUGUACUGCCAGCUGGUGAUUGUGAAAUCGGAACUACUAGAAAGGCCUGCAAAAAUUGCUCAUGUGGGAGGGCGGAAGAAGAGGAGAAAGUGUUGAAGUUAGGAUUGACAGCAGAACAGAUUAAUAAUCCUCAAUCAUCUUGUGGCAGUUGUGGAUUAGGGGAUGCGUUUAGGUGCAGUACCUGCCCUUACAAGGGACUGCCUGCCUUUAAAAUGGGCGAGAAGGUCACACUGUCCGGGAACUUCCUUGCUGCAGACUUAUGAUAGAUAAUGUUGUAAUCUUUGAAGUGGGGAAUGGUAUAACAGAAUUUAUAGAUAGGAUGGGAUUGUUAUCGGUUAUGUUAUCAUUUGUUUAAGGUCGUUGAUUUGAAACAGUUUAAAGUGUGACUCUUAGAGCUCCGAGUUUCCCGGCUAUUAUAUACUAGUUGUCAAUUUCAUUCCUCUCUAGUUGUUUCAUAAUAAAAGAAGAAAAUCCUUUGUUUUCUGUCAUAAA